UCGGAGCAACAUGGCGGCCCCCUUGAGGAGCGGGAUCGGAGUCGGAAGCCGACAGGACACUCGCGCUGUUCACGGCACCAGUUUCCAGAAAAAAUCGCGCGGGAAACUAGUGUCGAUUCCUGGGACCAGACCGUCGGUCCAAAACGGGCAGCUUCUAGUUUCCACCGGAGUGACCUCCCUGGACUAUGUCAUAGGAGGAGGUCUAGCUGUUGGAACACUGCUUCUCAUAGAGGAAGACAAAUAUGACAGCUAUUCACGCAUGCUGUUGAAGUACUUCCUGGCUGAAGGUGUGGUGUGUGGACACAGUCUGUUUUUGGGAUCUGCCCGUGAUCCUCCAGAAGAAAUUCUUCAGGAACUUCCAGCCCCAGUUCUCGAUGACAUCGGCUGUGCUGCUGGGGAUGAGGGACAGGCCAAGUUGUGUGACUCUGAGGGUGAGGACUCAAUGAAAAUAGCGUGGCGCUAUCAGAACUUUCCGAAAGUACAGACUGCCCUGGCUGCCUCGUCCAGGUUCGGCCACUACUACGACGUGUCAAAGACUAUGGACCCAGAGAUGAGGCAAGCUUCUAAGUGCAACACUUUCUUCCUCCCUGAUGAGCUCCCUUUGAAAUCAGAAGCAGAACCUAGCACUAUGAAUGCAGGCUACAGGGCUCUUCUGCGGUCCAUCCAGAAUCUGAUUCACAGAGAGGGCUUCGACACUGCUGCCCCACAGAAUAAGUCCAGGAAUAUUCUGCGGAUCGGCCUGCACUCUCUGGGUUCUCCUCUCUGGGGUGAUGACAUUUGCUGUAAAGAGAGCCCCAGCGAUGCCGUGAGCCUCACCUCCUUCCUGUAUGGUUUUCGUGCCCUGCUGCGCUCCUCCCUCUGCGUUGGCAUGGUAACGGUGCCAUCACACCUUAUCCAGAACAGAGCAAUUAUGGGCCGUGUAACCAAGCUGUGUGAUACGGCCAUUGCUCUUGAAUCAUUCAGAGGUUCUGAGAGAGAGACCAACCCUCUCUACAAGGAUUAUCACGGUCUGCUGCACGUGAGGCAGACACCUCAUCUCAACUGCCUGGUGUGCGAAGUCCCCGACACAAAGGACCUGGCUUUUAAGCUAAAGAGAAAGCAAUUCGCCAUCGAGAGACUGCACUUGCCUCCAGACUUGUCAGACACAGUGAGCCGUUUGAGCAAACCGGAUCUGGCAGAAUCCGCCAGGCUGCUGAGUCCAGCCUGUGGCGGCACGGCCGCGGGCAGGAAGCACCUGGACUUCUAGUGCCUGCCUCUUUAACCGUUUCACUUGCAAAUCUGCGUGACAUUCUAAUUAGGGCCGCACGCCUAGCCCCACCCCCCACACCCACAACCCCCCUCACCAUCGCUGUCGUCCUCGCCCUGUUUUUGUCUUCAAGAAUAAGUAUGCAGGGGGUAUUUUCAUCUAAAAACAGACAUGGCCCACUCCCACUGCCCUAGCGUCCAUCCACAGAGAGUGUCUCACGAAACCCCUGUGAACCUGCGACAUCCCAUAAUAUUCUUGGGACUUCAGAAGGCUUGCAAAUGUCACAUUUUCUUAUUCACAAGUGGUCCUAGGCACAGUUUUUCUUUUGGAGAGGUUGGGUUUCUUGGAGUUUUUUUUUUUUUUUUUUUUUCGAAAAACUUUUUUAGGGUAGUUUUUCUUUGGAUUUUUGUAUGUUGGGUGUUAUAUUGGAUUUGUCAUUGGAAAGGACAUGGGAGAGUCCCUAGAUCUAAUGUUGAAGGUCACAGCGCACCAUUAAUUCCUACUCAUUGUUUUAGUUUCUGAUGAAGUCAGCCAGCAUUUUUGUGUUGUGAAGACAUGUGCCAUUCAGUACCUGUUUAUUAAUAUUUAUGUUUUCAGAAUUUGAUAGUUAAUAAAAAUUAAACGAAAAACACC